AUGGACGACGACGAGGGCGACUCGGAGCUUCAGCUCUCGACGGCCGCCGACCCGCCGACCAUGUCGGCGGAAGCUUCGUCGAGCGUCGCGGAACCGCCCAAGCGCGUCAAGCGCUCUCAGUUCAUCGACAAGCUGCAUGCCCUGCUCGAGCACCCGCUCGACGAGGAGUCGUUCCACUGGACGGACGACGGCAAGGCGUUCGAGAUCACGACCAACGAGCUCAAGGCCCGACACGCCCUCUCGGCUCAGUACGAGUUUCGCUCGCUCAGCAGCUUCAUCCGCCAACUGAGCUACUACAACUUCAAGCGCCUGACCGACCGCAGAAAGUCCGUCGAGCGCAAGACCGGCAACGCGGCCUUCAUCAGCUUCAUGCACCCGUCGGGCUUCUUCGUCAGCGGCGACAGCAGCCAGCUCGACAACAUCAUCCGCAAGACCCGGGCUCGCCGCGUCGAACCGCGCCGCCGCGACAGCCUUGCGUCCACCACCUCGGCCGACUCGGCGUCGUCGCCCUACCCGCAGUACGACGACGGCCAAGCAGGACCGUCGUACUCGACCGCGCCUCGUCACUCGUUCAGCUACGCUCCGCCGCCGAGCGCGUACCCGCAGCAGCCCGCCAGACUGCCACCCGACUCGACCGCCGCCUGGCCGGGCUACUCGACGUCGAUCGGCCCACCCGCCGCGCCCGUCGCCUCGGGAUCCUCCUUCCCGGCGUACCUCGGCGCGCCGUCGUCGUACGGGCCGCAGUACGAGCCGUCGCACUGGACGCAGCCGGGCUACCGUCGAGCGAGUCUGACCCAGUUCCGGGCCGACACGUCACCUCGGACCAAGCCGGCCGACGCGCCGGGCGCGCAGGCGUACCAGCACUCGAGCGGGUCGUCGGCGCCGCACGCCUUGCCGUCGGUCCCGUCCGACGGCGACUUGCGCUCGUCGUACGCGUCGGCCGGCUACCCUGUCGAGCUGGGCGGGCGUCCUCCUGCCCCGGCGGGCUACCACUACGUCGAUCAGGCGCCGUCCAUCGCGUCCCAGCAUCAUCAUGUCGUCCCGUCGGGCCUCCCGAUCGCCUCGCACGACUCGGUCCCGCACCGCCCGUCGUGGCCUCCUGCAUCCGGCUCGUUCUACACGUCGAUGCCGCACCCGCACGACGACUCGCCGACGCUCGCGCCUCUUCAGUCGUACCACGGCCACGCACACCCGCAUCCGCACCCGCAUCCGCAUCAGUCGCAGCAAGACGAGCCCGUCGCCGCCGGGACCGCCUACUCGUCCGAGGACGACACGCCGCCGGCGCACGCGCACGCCGCGCCGCACUCGCACCCGCAUACCUUCUUCUCCGCCCCAACCUCUCGACUCGACCCGUCGACGAGCGCCCACCAGCAGCCGUACCUCGCGGGCCCGGCCGUCAACCUCUUCCCCAACCUCACUCACUUCCACCUUCCUCCUCUCGGCGCCGCGACGAGCACCCCGACCGCCGUGCCGCACUCGCACUCGUACGAGCAAUGGCGCGCACACGUCCAGCAGCAGGAGCAGCAGGAGCAGGACCGCCGCGCGUCGGUGCAGCUGCCGCCGUUCGCGUCCGUCGGGCCGGCCGCCUCGCCCGCCCAGUACUCGCACGUGCCGCCGCCGCAUGAGCAGUACGCUCGCCAGCUGCAGCAGCAGCAGUACGGCGAUGGCGGCAGCUCGGGGCGGACGACGCCUGUGCACGGUGCGGGUCCGAGCGGCAAGCUCGGCUGGGCGCCGCAGUCGGCGCCGGCGCACGCUACGGGGCCAGGCGCGGCGACGACGAGCGUCUUUGGGCAGUGGGCCGGCUUUGGCGCGCAUGGGCCGGUCGAGAGGGAGAGCCCGGGGCACGGCGACGCCGGCGGGCGUGAGGGGGACGAGCGCGGCGCAGGGAGCUGA